CGGACCGGGGAAGGAAGCGAUCCACACACCCGAGGAAUCCUCUCCGAGCGCGGGCGAAGAGAGCUCUCACUUCAGCCUGCGCCUUUUCGGAACCAGAGACAUUUUUACGCACAAGAACUAUGUUCAGAGAGACUUGGAGGCUGGCGCAGUACCACGCCAUGAGGUCCAUGGAUCAAGAUGACCCAAACCUCGCCUCUCACAAAGUCCUCAGUCCAGACUCGGAGCACUCCUUCCCCUUGGAGGAACCAUCUCCGUAUCACCUCAAAUCGUGCAGUCCGCCCUACAGCGACCCCACCCACAGUGAAGCCUUACCUGGAUACGACCAUCCAGAGACCAGGGGCGGGUGCCACCUCACCCUCAGCCCCCGCAUCGAAAUCACUCCAUCUAGGGAGCACUUCCAGCAUGACCCGCUUGACAACCACCACCAAAACCUGAGCCCUAGACCCACCCUCACUGUCCCGGGUCAUGAGAACCUUGUUUACCGAGAACCACAGUGCCUAAGUCCAGCGAGCAGCAACUCCUCCACAUCCUGGCAUUCGGAGAGCUACUCGCCGUGGGCAUCUCCCUGCGUCUCUCCCAGUAACAGCGCCCAAAACGCGGGUGACCUUUGCCCGCGCUUCCAGAACAUCCACACUGGGUCCCCGCGCACCUCCCCAGGCACGUCCCCCCGCACCAGCCUGACGGAGGACGGCUGUGUGGGGCCGCGGUCCCCUUCACCCAGGACCGGGUCGCGCUCAACGUCUCCACAAGGGAAACGAACCUACGAUAUGUACCGCAAUCCGGCUUUGCUCCCUGGUCACCGCUCGAGAAGCCCCUCCCCUCACGGUCGUCAUGAGGACCUGAGCGUCGGAGGUCACUACCCCAGCCUCGGUGAUGCCAUGAACGGGUACCAGCCUGGUCUGAUGCCCACCAAGAUCGUCAAAACAACCAACCAGCUGUACACGCUGUACCCCGAGAACAACGGAGAGCCCAACUACCUGGUGUCAUGUGACCAGGAGCUGAAGACAAAGCCCACUGCGGAACCUUUCUUUGUCAUCCCACAGAUCUGGUCCAAACCGCUGGUGCCGGGUCUCUGCAGUAUCCCGGUCUCCUCCCUCCCUCCUCUGGAAUGGCCUCUUCCCUCUCGCACAGAUCAGUACGAGCUCCACAUCGAAGUGCAGCCGCGGCCUCAUCACCGAGCGCACUAUGAGACCGAGGGGAGUAGGGGCGCGGUCAAGGCUCCCACGGGAGGGCAUCCGGUCGUACAGUUACACGGUUACAGAGGCAAAGACCCCCUGGGGCUGCAGAUUUUCAUUGGGACAGCAGAUGAAAGGAUCCUCAAACCUCACGCCUUUUACCAGGUCCAUCGUAUCACAGGCAAAACAGUGACCACCAGCAGCUACGAGAAGGUCUUCCACGGCACCAAGGUCCUGGAGAUCCCUCUGGAGCCCAAGAACAACAUGAAGGCAAUAAUUGACUGCGCUGGGAUCCUGAAGCUGAGGAACGCAGACAUCGAGCUGCGGAAAGGAGAGACAGACGUGGGGCGAAAGAACACUCGGGUCAGACUGGUGUUUAGAGUGCACAUCCCACAGCCUAGUGGCAACAUGGUGUCACUGCAGGCAGCGUCGCACCCCAUCGAGUGCUCUCAGCGGUCGGCCCAUGAGCUCCCCCUGGUGGAGCGUCAGGACAUUGACAGCUGCUGCGUUUUGGGAGGGCAGCAGAUGAUCCUGAGUGGACACAACUUCAGCUCCGACUCCAAAGUCAUCUUUGUGGAGAAAACACAAGAUGGACAGCAGAUCUGGGAGAUGGAGGCCACAGUGGACAAAGACAAGAGCCAGCCUAGCAUGCUUUUCGUGGAGGUGCCUUCAUACCGGGACCCGUCUGUGCUCCAUCCCAUCAAAGUGAACUUCUAUGUGAUCAACGGCAAAAGGAAACGCAGCCAACCACAGCACUUCACCUACACCCCCCUGCCAUCUCCGUCCAUUAAAACGGAGCCUCUAGAUGAGUACGAGAACUUUGUGAUGCCUCAGAUGUUUUACCACAGUCAAAGAGGCGUCCUGCAUCCAGACAACAACCUGGUCCCCAAUAUGGCGUCCUGUCUGGGCUCCGGCAUCUCAGAGGAGGGGAGGUUCCAGCAGCAGAGCCCAGCCAUAGUGUACUCUCGUGGGGGUAAAUCGUUGAGCUCGGGCCUGUACCAGCAGCAUUCCUCCGGAGUGUUGCCCGAUCCCCAUCACCGCUCGGUCCUGGUCCACACCGGGUCACCAGCACAGCACCCGUCAAUCAUCCAGUUCUCUCCGACCAAUCAGCACCUGCUACCGAGAGCAGGGGAAGCCUUAGCCCCGCCCACACAUGAUAAUCAACAGGUGGUGUAUUGUGAAGGCUACUCUCCGCAGGCCCACUCCCCCUCUCACCCCCAGUCCUACCCCACAGUGAUCCAGCAGCAGUACCUCCAGAAGACCCCUCCUCCUCCUCCUUCAGCACCGCAGCAGCAGAAAGCACGCGCCCCCUCAGCCCCUCCCGACCCGCACCGCAGAGUCACAGUCAAAGAGGAGAAUCUGGAUCAAGCUUACCUCGAUGAUGGUGAGUUGAAUGAAAUCAUCAGAAAGGACCUGACUGGAGUUCACGCCAGAGGGCACUCAUAGAGGAAGUGACAUCAUAACCUGCAGACGCAUCACCACGGCAACUCAGCAUCUCACUUCCUGGAAUUUCAAGUUAGCAUAAAACCAAAAUAGCAUCCAGAUACAACCACCAAAGUGCUUUAGAUCUCUGAAGAAACAAGAGAUUGUAAACAACAUUGUAAAAAAUAUGUUUAUGUAAGGACAUUAUGGGUCCAGUCAUUCCAAGCUCCAUAAAUAUAAACCAGAUCUAAACCAGGACUGAACCUGGAUUAAUCCAGGACUGCACCAGGGCUAAACCAUGUCCAAACUAAGCCUUAACCAGGAUUGGAACCAGGUCUAAACCAGGACUAUGCCAGGUCUAAACAAAGACUGAACCAGGAUAUACAUUGGGGUCAAAACCAGGGCCUAAACCAGGAACUAAACCAGUACGAAACAGGGUAGAAACAAAGGUCUAUACUAGGUCUAAACCAGGGUCUAAACUAGAAUUAGACCGAGACUAAACCAGGACUAAACCAAAACUAAACAAGGUCUAAACCAGGACUGGAACUAGGUCAGUACUAGAGUCUAAAGCAAAGCAAAACAAGAUCUAAACCAGGACUACACCAGGUCUAAACCAGGACCUAGCAUAAGACCAGACUAUUAUCUUUGUCAACUUUGAAUUUAAACACAUCCAUAGCCCCGUGAGUGCCAUGACAACAUCAUCGCACUCAGAUUUUACAGCAGUGUCAACCAAACCGCAGCUUCAACCAUUGUCACGACAAUAUUUAUUUCAAAUUUCAAAAGAUGGACGACAAGGGACAUUUUUGUAUUUUCAUCGAGAUUUCAUGUGGCUCAUCUCAUUUUCAAAGAGUAGGUCAGACGCACACUGCCUUUUGUGACUCGAUAAUGCACUGCUCGAAAACAGGGGAAAAAUUAAAGUUUUUUAUUAUUAAUUUCUUAAGUUUUGUACAUAGUGAAAAUAUAUGAAUAGCCUAUAUAUUGCAUAUUAUUCAGGAGAUGUGCCAAAGUGUCUAUAAGGAAACAUGAGCCAAAUCGUUCUCAUUCUAAUCUGAUUUGUGAGAAUAAUUUCAUUUUUUAUGCAAACAGAGAUUUAAAAAAGUAGUUACAAGUUUUACAUCACAAAACUCUCCAAAUGUUAAAAAUAAUUUGUCUAAUCAGAUUUGUAAUUUUAAAGGCCUGUAAAUUUAUAGAAGCAUUAUGUAACUUUUCUGGUAUGAGGGCUCCACUGCCUGCUUGUCUCCAUGGAGAUGUUAUUGCUUUGUCUGGAAUGUUCCACAGUAUGCUUUAAAUUAAAUCAAUGUAUCUUAUCUGGUUUUAAUGAUCCAAAAUACAUUGAAGAAAAUGCAUUCUUACUGGAAGUGUGCUCGCUUCUCCACAAAUCUGACCUGUAUCUUGGCAUGAUGGCGUCAGCGUUAAGUUUCCAUGGAGAUAGAUAACUUGAAUGCCAUGCUGUGGAACAUUACAGGGCAAAGCUAUAAAUAACAUCUCCAACGCUAAAAAAACCCCAAAUAAUGUUAUAAAUGUGUAGGCCUUUUAAAUACGCAAAUUGGAUUAAACAAGUUUGACUUUCAGACCAAAGCUGCAUUAGAUUAAACUACGUCUUAUAGGAACUAGUUUUAUAUUGAAAUCAGCCAAAGCAAAGGUGAAAAUCAGAAUCACCUUCAUCUCAGUGAAUCUUGACCAAAUAAAAGCCAUUUUUCAUCAUUUUAAAGGGAAAAACGUUAUAUAUUUAUAAGACUAAUAUGAUUUUUUUUUUUUUUCUUUAAGAGACGUUUUCUAUGAGCCAGUGCACUCGCUUAUGUCUUGAAUGUAAAUCUAAACUGUAGCCUUAUUCCUUUUGUAAAUAAUGUGUUUUACGGCUCCAAUUUGUCAUACUAAAAUAGGAGAAUUGUCGUUUUAUUUUUGUCGAUAAAGAAAAUCUGAAAGUGUCAUCUCUUAAAUAUUUAAUUUUGUGUUUUUAUUUGACUUUAUGUUAUAAAAUAUUGUAGAUUUGAAUGUGUUAUCAUUCCCUGUGCCUAUAGACUUUGUACUACCUUCUGCUCUUUGCUCUAAAGCUAUUUUUGUAUUCUGACAGUAGCAAUAAAUAACCACGU